AUGUCAGAAGCCAUGACUGACCAUUUUGAGCUCGUCGGAACAGCACUUACAUUUGCAGACUUAGGCUCAAUAGUUCAGAAGACGGUGCAGCGACAUCUUGAUGCACUCGAAAGCAUCGGCGGUCCUCCGUGGGUUCUCGACUACCAGCCGAAGAUAGAAGCUGUUCUCCAGUCUGUCAAUGCAACUACAGAAGUGUUGAAAUACGCGAGCGCCCAACUCGAACGCGAAACGCUCGGCGGAUUUGCAACAACUGCUGUUAGGAAGUCAGCACUGAAAGCAUUCAAUAGCUGUGAUAAUGCAUUCGAAAGCAUUCAUCGAUAUUAUUUGCAGCACCCGAGUGAGAACAUGCGGCCUUCUUACAGGCUGGACGAAUACGACAGACUUCCGCGUUACCUGAAGAGGCUGGACAAAGCAAGGACUUCGCUGCUUCUUAUACUUGCGGUACUGCAGCUGAGAAAAGACAUGUCAACAUCGUAUGAUGACUAUCUUUCUAUGAGUUCGGCUGCUGACACAUUCUCCAGCAAUGAAACGACCAUACCUCUCCAGCGUCUCCAGAUCGAAAAUCUCGUGACGCAGAUGAAAGCCAUGGAUCAAGACAUCGACGACAGCUCGUCAGGAGACGGUGAGAGCAACGCUGGGUCCGACAGUAGCUGGGACAUUAGAAGCCGCAAAUCGACUCCGGAAAGCGCUGCAGACUUCCCAGAUCCUCGUACUCCAAGAUCGGCCAUACCAAAUCAUCGAGACGGAAGCAGAGACUCCAAGGACCGGUCGCCAUCUCGACAUCGGCUCUCGUGGGUACCAUCAAUACCUGGCUCCGAGUCCCGCUGUCCCAGCGCAGAGCGGCCUAGGCGGCGGACUUCUAUCACCCCAGUUACUUCACUUGCCGCUCCACCAAUUGAUCCCUUUCUGCCAAUUGCGGACGGCGUGCCUCCAUUCAUGGCUAAACCAACCUUUGCCAACCUCUUAAUGCAAACAGCACACAGUGCCAGUGCUCUUUCAGAGAUGCUGGCGACAGAAACCUACGGAUGGUACAACUCCAAUCGCGUGUACAUGAACUCUAUCAGAUGCGCGCUUGACAUACUCAAUCAGAAUUUCGGUGAUCUACUGGUGAGCUAUGAGCAAAGUGCGAAGGGAGGAAGUGACGCUCCUCCUCUCCCACUUACGGAUCCUUUCCCCAUCGUUGAUCUUGCCGAACAGGCACCAAAGAAGAGGAGCAAGAAAUCUAAAGAGAAGAAGAAAGGUACCAAAAAGGCUCAGAAGGAGUCGAAGUUUACAGAGUGCUGGGACCCACCGGUCGCGAACAUGGCUCCUCCUCCCGUACCGAUUGAGCUCUUUGCGGAUCCCUUCGCAGACCUUCAGAACUUCGCUGGACCUUGCGACGUUGCCGACGUGAAAGUCUCAGAAGAGGUACUGGUACCAAAGCCUCCUCGAAAGAAGAAGACCAAAGUAGCUGCGCUCGAUGGACAUGCAGCAGAUGAUAAAAUCGAAACAAGUGCCUUGCCGAAUCCAAAGUCCUUGGAUAAUUGCGAUUACCCAGGGUCACCUGCUUCAGAAGCGGUCGGUGGUCUUGAAGCGGCUCAACGCGAAGCGCGAGAUCCAGCGUCCAUUCGAACACAACAGUUUCGAGCGUGGCAAAACAUGCAACAGCCAGCUGCCCGUUCAACUGUAGGCCAUGCCGACUCUCAGGGUUGGAACGCAGCCAAUGUUGAUCCCACGGUAGCGCAAACUGAUCCUGUUGAUGAUUGGGACACUUUUGCCGUUAUCGGUAAGAAGGGAAAGAAAACCCAUAAGAAGCCAAAGAAGAGCGCUCUUGCAUCAGAGGUCAUUACCCAGGCUGGAGUCAUAAGACUUGAAGUUGAACCUCCUAGGAACCCCACACGAAAAGAUACGAGAGACCUCAAGGACAGUGCGAACGACGGCCUCCUUGAAUCCCCACCGCCACCCAGCGAAAAGGACUCAAUUGGUGGACUAGCAUUCCCAUUUCCUCCAACGUCCUAUUACAUCUCACCCCCGCCCCCACCUCCGCCUCGAUCUAUCAGCAAGGAUUUUGUGCCUGCACAAAAGGAGGAGAAAACAAAGAAGGGACUCAAGAAACAUGGCUAUCUUCCCGCCACGGCCGAGUCGGUAAAAGACGACGACUGGAUCUGGAGUCGAAUGCAAACUCAAGCCACCGGAGCGCGAAGGGUCUCGCGGAAACCUGAAGAUCCAGUCGACGAUCUUUUGCAGCAGUGGACGACAGGUGACGCGAUGAGCAGUGGAUCUGAAAUCUAA